AUGGGCAACCACGUCCUAUUUUUCUAUGGCACACUUCUCGCCCCAGAAAUGCUACACCGUGUAAUCCACGGCUCGCCGAAUCCCCAGCAAUGGCAGAAAGACAUGCUGCAUUUCAAGCCCGCCAUUUUAUACAGGUAUAGGCGGCACCGCGUCCGCCGUGAGGACUAUCCAGCAAUCAUCCCCGUGCCAUCUGCUUCUUCUGAAAGCACAACAGCUACUCCAGGAACAGCAACGACAGAUACAACCCAUAGCAGUACGACGAACACAUCCGCCUCGGUCCUGGGAACAGUCGUCUCGGGCCUUACAGACGGCGACAUCUAUAGGCUGGAUGUCUAUGAGGGAUUGGAAUAUAGACGGAUCCGUGUCUCUGUGCGGGUACUGAAAGAAGCGUUGCCGGGGAGUGCCUUCGGAACUAGGGAUGGGAACGGGAAUGGGGAUGGAAACGGCAGAGAGAACACGGAUAGGUAUCUAAAGGAUGUGCUGGAGGCUGUUCCGCAGAAUUUUACUGAUGAAGCGGAGGAGAUUGAUGCGGAGACGUAUGUUUGGAUUGGGGACAGCAACAGGCUGCAGAACGAGGAGUGGGACUUUGAGGAAUUCAAGAAGGAGAAGAUGAUGUGGUGGCUAUCGGCGAACUUGACGCAUCUAAAUGGUAGUAUAGCCCUGCAUUCGUACAAUGGGAAGAAUAUCAAAACCGCAAUCAUGACGGAACGAGUACUGACACCAGAACGCCCCAUAAUGCAGCUUCUAGAAACUCUAGAGGGAAAAGAGGAAAAGGCCAAGACAGUGGAGGUCAAAAAUGAUACAGCAGCGGGUAGCACGUUUCAAAUGCUCCGUGACAUGACGAUAGAGCUCGAAGCCCCUUGA